CGUAGUAGCUUACCUGCCGCGGUCGUCGUCGUCGUCUUCUGCGCGCGUACCAUCGCCGGCCGGCCGACGUGUCCGUGUGAGACAUCAGUGCUCCAGUGCAGCAGUCAUCGCGGGUACGCGCACGUGCACAGAACGCAUACAUAAUAAACAUACAUUUAUAAUACAUUUUAUAAAUAGUCGAUUCGGCCGCGCGUUCGAUCGGUCUACGUAUUUUUCUGUGUACGCGCGUUUUUCAAAAACAGUAUUUCCCUGCAGCCGUCGGCCGAGUUAGAGAGAUAGGUUUUGGAAUAAUUCGCGCGCGCGAAUCGCCGUCUCGCGCUUUCCAUCCGAAAAUAUGCGUCUCGCCAAUUCGCGCCCCGAAAAUCCCACCGUGGUAUAACGGUGGCGGUGGCGAUGCACCACCACCUGCCGGAGCAGCGUCACCACCGGCAUGUUCCACCGUCGCAGUGCCGUCACUUGACGACCGCCGGCCCUCGUCGGGCACCGGCCGCACUCGAACCGCCACCGCCGCCGCCACCGUCGUCGUCGUCGUCGCCGUCGCCGCGGACAUCCAUUCGAGUCGUCUGUUUUCGCGAACGCGCUACGACAUAAUAAUAUCUCACAUAAUAUAACCUACGUUACUACGACGCCGCGUGCGUUAUAAACGUAUAUACGAUAUAUACAUAUCGUCGCAAAAUGGACGUGUUCAAGCUCGACCAGUCGUUAGCGGCGGGGCUGGGCGGCGCGCCGUCCGCCGACAAGCUGACGGCCGACGUGUCGUUUGGCGCCGGCACCACUGACGAGUUCAACCUGAGCUUUUUCGACGACACGACCACGGACACGGCCGGCUCGGAGAGCCACGACCCGCCGGCCCAGGGAUUCGGCGACGAGACCUGCACCGCCGCGGCCAUGGAAGCGACCGCGUCCACGCCCGCGGCCGCUUUCCGCGACGUCCGCGUCCAGUCCCCGUGCACCAGCUCCACGUACCGGCAGCAGCCAACCGCGUACGCUGGCCACGCGGCAAACUCUCAACCGCCUCCCCCGCCGCUGACGGUCGCCGCCACCGCCAACUCGACGCCGUCCUCGUCUACCACCGCACCAGAUCAACAUUUUGCAGCAGCCGAUUCAAACACUACGCCGGCUAAAUCAUUUGUACCAUGUCGAGUAUGCGGCGACAAAGCGUCUGGAUACCACUAUGGCGUCACGUCGUGCGAAGGAUGCAAGGGGUUCUUCAGACGCAGUAUACAAAAACAAAUCGAAUAUCGGUGUCUGAGGGACGGUAAAUGUUUGGUAAUCCGAUUAAACAGGAAUCGAUGUCAAUACUGCCGAUUCAAAAAAUGUCUAACGGUUGGCAUGUCCAGGGAUUCCGUUCGGUACGGAAGAGUGCCGAAGAGGUCUCGCGAGCAGCUCGAGUCAGAGUCAAAGACCGUGUCGGCCGCCGAUUCGAUGGCGGCGGCGGCCGUACAAGUGACCACCACGACGGUGACCACGACGACAGUCUCUGCGAACGCGGCCGCAGCUGUUGCAGCCGCGGUGGCCAUAGGGAUUGGCGGCAGUGCGCCGGCCGUGGCCGAUCCGAUCAUGACUGGCACUGGACCGGCCGCAGUGAUCGAGACCAACGGUGGUAGCGUGUCCAUAUCGUACGACGUGAUUGCGGCCAUAUCGCAAGCACACCUCACCAACUGCGAUUACACGGACGAGCUGACCAGGACACUACUCCGGAAACCCGUGGCCUCUCCACCCGCCCAGGGAUGCUCCAGCCCAGAAGUAGCAUCGUCAACAGCGGACAGUGAGGAACAGCAAAAAAUAUGGCUGUGGCAACAAUUGGCCGCGCACAUUACACCGACCGUACAGAGGGUAGUUGAAUUCGCGAAAAGAGUACCGGGUUUCGUAGACCUCAGUCAAGACGAUCAGCUGAUUCUCAUUAAAGUGGGAUUUUUCGAACUAUGGCUGUGCUAUGUGUCCAGGUUGGCUACAGACCUUUCACUCACCUUCUAUGACGGCACGUUCAUCACACGACAGCAACUGGAACUCAUUUACGAUUUGGACUUCGCCACAGACGUGUUCCAGUUAGUGACAUCUUUCAAUAGUUUAUCGCUGACGGAUACCGAAGUUGGUUUAUUUGCUGCCAUCGUGCUAUUAACGCCGGACAGACCCGGCGUUUCUGAUGUCAAAACCGUACAGCACAGUCAAGACCGAAUUGUUGAAGCAUUCAAACUACAACUAAGCAAAGGUCAUGGAGGAGACAAGAAUUUGGCUCAAACGGUGUUGUCGAAACUGCCCGAACUACGAACUAUUGGUGCCCGACACGUUUCAUACCUCGAGUGGUUUAGGUUAAAUUGGCACAUGCUGAAAUUGCCACCGUUAUUCGCCGAAAUAUUCGACAUACCCAAGUGCGAAGAGGACUUGCAUCAAGGCUGAAUUAUUAUCUUUCUAUUUUAUUGUUACAGGUUUUUUUUUUUUUUUAUAUUUACUUAUAAUGUUUCGUUUUUUUUUUUAUUUAAAACGAAUCGAAUACUUCCUAAACGAACAAAAUGUGUUUACAAUCAAAAUCAGAAAAAAUGUAUUAGUAAUGAUAAUUUUUAACAAUAUCUUCGUAAAAAUAAUCUUGACACUUACGAUAAAUAUUGUUAACGCGCUUCAGCCGUCGCCGUCGAAACAUGCUUGCGCCCCUCAAAUAUUCGUCCGGUCGCGCAAGAGUACAACAUAAUCAUCGACGUCGUGUCGAUCAAAGAUAUAUAAUAAUAUAUAUAUCUAUAAUACUACACUAUUAUAAAGAGCAAUAAAAUGCAAAAAAAAAUU